GCGGUUUACUUUCUUGCCUCGUUUUCGUGCACAGAGGAGACUGGUGUCUCUCCGCCGGCGCAUCGACGAGACGGAUGUCCCUUGGGGAUUCGUCCCACACGCUAACUCGUUCGCUUUUUUGGCGAAAGAUCGCACUCAUCUGACAGACACAUAAUUGUGGACAGGUAACACCCAAUCGAGAGGAAGAUCGAGAGAGAGAGCGAGAGGAGGGAGGGAGGGAGGAGGUAGAAGGGAGGGAGGGGGGGAGGAGGUAGAAGGGAGGGAGGGAGGGAGGAGGUAGAAGGGAGGGAGGGAGGGRGGRGGKAGAAGGGRGGGRGGGARGGGAGGGGGKAGAAGGGAGGGAGGGAAGGAGGGGCAGAUGGGCGCGUACCUUAGUCAAGCUGUGACAGAGAAGGAGUCCAGCGAUGGGGAGAAUGAGCGUAUAAAGUUUGGUACAUCCGCCAUGCAAGGUUGGAGAGUGGGGAUGGAGGAUGCCCACUCGGCCAUUCUGGAUGUGGACGAUAAGAACACGUCCUUCUUCGCCGUUUUCGAUGGUCACGGCGGGAAAGAGGUGGCGAAGUUUUGCGCGCGUUAUCUUCACCAGGAGGUCUUGAAAAGUGAGGCAUAUGGAAAGGGAGACCUAUGUGGAAGUCUAAUCUCAUCCUUUCUGCGGAUGGACGAGUUGAUGAUGGAGGACAAGGGAAGAGAAGAGUUAGCUUUGUUGGCGGCGGGAGGGGAACCUAGCUCUUGCGCCGAAACUGUUCAUCCGAAAGGACGGACGAAUGCUGGGUGCAACCAGCCACGGAUCAGGUUAUCGCGCGAUCCACCGAUCUCAAGCCGAAGCGAGCAUAGCGGUAGGGGUCCGAAGGAGAGAUUGGGCCGCAACAACAACAUGGCUUAUGCGGCGCGUAGCGAUUCGUUGCCGCGUAGGGAGAUCUCUGUGGGGUCGUCGCCCUCGACGCCGUGCACCCCUACAGAUCGGUCGGCGACAGCCACGCGGAGCGGCGAGGGUGUGGAUGGAGCAGCAGCAGAUGCGAUUGUUCAUGGGAGGGAUGAGGGAGCGGCUGAAGGCGAAGGAGCAGCGAACCAGAAAGAAGAGCGGGGAAUUCUGCAAUCGGAAGACGGAAAUGGGACCGUGGAAAGUGGGAAUAACGUCGUAGUAGCACAGCGAGGGGGGAAUGAGACCGCGAAUGCGGGUACGAUAAGAGAGGUUUCGCCAUUGGACGAGGUGGAAGCAGAAGCGCGAAACGACGGUGGGGAGGUUGACUAUGUAGGAGAGGAGGCAGAGAUGGAUGGGGGGGAGGAGGAGGAGGGGGAGGGGGAGGAGGCAGUUGUCGAAGCACAGGACGAGGAGGAUGUGGAUGUGAUGAUAGACCCGGUGAGAUGGCAGGAGCGAGUUGAAUCUUCAACGAAGUUUCAAGGGCCUGUGGCGGGAUGCACUGCUGUCGUGGCACUGGUGCGAGGCGACACGUUGGUGGUCGCGAACGCUGGAGAUUCAAGAUGUGUGAUCUCUAGGAAUGGGCAGGCGUGCGACAUGUCGAUGGACCACAAACCGGAUUUGAAGGUGGAAAGGGAAAGGAUCCUGAAUGCGGGAGGAUUUGUGAAAGAGGGUCGUAUCAACGCCAGCCUGAACUUGUCGCGGGCAAUCGGGGACAUGGAGUACAAGCAGAACCGUUCCCUCCCCCCCUCGGAGCAGAUCGUGACGGCGUAUCCCGAAGUCCGGAUGACGAAACUGGUAAAGGGUGACGAGUUCAUGAUUCUUGCUUGCGACGGUGUUUGGGACGUCAUGCCUAGUCAGCGGGCAGUCGACUUUGUGAGAGCGCGUUUGAAGGUCAACAGGCCGUUGUCGUCCAUUAUCGAGGAGCUCUUCGACACGUGUCUUGCUCCCGACACCACCAAAAACGGUCUUGGAUGCGACAACAUGACAGCUGUCCUAGUCCUCUUCAAGGACUUGAUUGGUGAUCACUCAUAUCAGGGGGAUACGGCGGGUGUCUUCCGAAAUUUCGGCAGGUAUUCUCUCAGGCCUCGCUCCUUUCAUAUGGGGGACUAAGGGAUUCCUUCAUGAUCGAGACACUGCACACGGAGAGAGAGAGAGAGAGAGAGAGAGAGAGAGAGAGAGAGAGAGAGAGAGAGAGAGAGAGAGAGAGAGAGAGAGAGAGUGAUGCGCCAAUGCGAACCGCCUCACUCCAUCUUCCCUUUUGAACUUCCGCCUGUCGAACAUACCAUCCGUUCUCCUGCUCCCCCCGUAUGUCCAUAUCUUCUGCCACUUCAAAAUGUGCCGUUUUCGUCGCUUAUUUUCUUUCAUACUCCCUUCUCCUUUCAGCCGGCUAUAUCCAGCAUUCAAACAUUCGGUCGUCUGAUGGAUGAGGUGCAGCUGGCUAUGUCGUUGGUGGGCUAUUCGGGCGUCUGAUGUUUGAGGCGCGUCCUAGUAUAGUAGUCUUCUUAAAGGCGCGCGGUCCUUGGUUUCUUUCGGACUACUAUGGAUGAAGCACUGGACCCGGCAGACCGAUCGCUCUAGCUCCUCCGUGUACUUGUGGAGAGUCCCAACCAAGGAGGGGUGUGCAGACCCCUGCCUCCGCCGAAGGUCGUCCUCUCCACUCUGUAGGUCGUUCGAAGAAGAGAAAUGGACAUCCCGAACAUGGCGCGCCACCUGAGAACGCAAAUCCGAUGGAAGGCCGUUCGUUGCUGCUCUUCUGCUUGUUGAUGACUGACUCCCUUUGGGCGACAUACCGUGUUUAGUGCGGUGCGGUGAUAAUGCGAGCGGUAAGGCGAGGACUAGCGAAUGGAGAGUUGAUGGAUCACGGCCCUUCUCUGAUUGCUAGAUAUGAGCGCGGGACAGAAAGAGAGUUGAUACAGGUACCCCUUGUCGGCCAGCGGGGCUUGGAGUUAUGGACUUGUUGUAAGAUCAGCCGCCGCCGCGCGUAUUCUGUUUGGAAUGUGGACCACCCUUACCGGCUUGUUCUAAUGGGGAAGGGGAAAAAGAAAGGUAGGGCGAUGCGGGGGGGGGGAAAGAAGGGUGGGGGGGAGGGGAAGACGAUGGAGGAGAAGUGGUGGCAAGGAGAUGAAGGAUGAUAGAAAGACGGGGGGAAGUUGAGAGAAUCUGCCCGAGCGCAAGGGAAGGAGAAAAUGGACAGGUUCUUGGUGGCCCGGAGACAGUGGAAGAUGAGCAAGGGAACGUGAAUCCGCGAGCAAGAACGCAGGGAGAUGAACAAUACAGAAGGAGAGAGAAGGAGGUCGGUCAAUAGGAAGCGGAUGGCGAGUGCCUGUGUGCCUGUGUUCCUGUUCGCAGGCGUGGACGAGGGUGGGGGCAAAGACGGCUUGGAAGGGCGAAAGAAGAGCUCGGAGAGUGUAGAAGGGUGGAGGAGACCUAGGCGGAGGGCAACGAAGGAGGCGGGACGUGUGUGUUUGUUGGGGGGUUGUGUGUGUGUGUGUGUGUGUGUGUGUGUGUGUGUGUGUGUGAGAGAGAGAGAGAGAGAGAGAGAGAGAGAGAGAGAGAUUAGUGGCAGGGGUUGAAAAGAGUGGUUGUACUCAUCUGCUGAAUAUGGAGCAGGCUAGUGUACGCAUCUGCUAUGAAGUAUCACGUUAGGUUAGCGUAGGGUAGAUUGGAAGGGGAAACAAGCAUGAUUUCAGUGAGGAGAGCGGAAUGGGCCUCUCUCAGUAGAGGUUGAGGGCCAAGGAAACUCUUGGUCUGCAGAGCAAGGGGAAUGCCAGAUCUGUGCAAAGGAAUUGAAGAAGGCGGUCGAAACGAGGCAAGCGUGCGAUCAUAAGGGGGAUGAGCAAGCGCACUGCGGGUGAUCGAAUAAGAGAGCGAUUUUGGACACAGUUAAACACACAUGCACAGGUGUGGGUAGGAGUUUUCUUCUGAAGGUCUUAUGUGUCCAACCAACAGUCGUCGUUACGACACGAACUAGACGAGAUCUGGUGGUUGAAGGACGCCUCACCGUAUAGACGACUAGUCUGCAAUAAGGUGCGCACUUAAGAUCACAUGUUCACACAAACAGCUUUGACGUGCUAUUCCUAUGAGAACGGAUUUGGCUGUUACGGUCUUGCGUGACCUGUGUUUGCCGUACCUCCCGAUGGUUGGGUGUGACUCGGGCAAAAGGUCCGACUCGGAUGGGAGGAUAGCACAGGGGUAGGGGUGGAGGCUUCGUCGUGAAGCGUAGCGAAUAUGGUUGGGGCUAUUGUUCUCCCUACAGAAUGCGAGUCUCCCUGUUCCGAGGCAGGAGCACGUUUCCUGUCUUGUCUGGCGAUGUCUUGUAUAGGUUUUCCAGCUUUCAACUUGUUUGGCUGACAGCCGAUGGAUCCUUGCGAACCCAACGGCGAACCCUGAAAUGUUUUGGUGUUGUUGGCGAAUGCAGAUGUGUGAGGAUCAUGAAUCCAGCAAGCGAACACAAGCAAUUCACAGAAUAUUACCGAAAGAAUACUCCGGUCCGAAAAGGUGAUGUCGUGCGAACUCUGCAUGCCCUCGUGUUAAGCGAACUAUGUAUGAUCCGGUCCUCUUGGGGAUAGCUUUGUGCGGUUUUUCCUCUUUGAGUGUUGCCUAUUUUUUCCAGCUUUCAACUUGUUUGGGUAACAGUCAGUGGCAAUGGAUCCUUGCGACAACAGUCAAUGGCAAUGGAUCCUUGCGGCGAACCCAACGGCGAACUCUGAAAUGUUUUUUGGUGUUGUUGGCGAUUGCGGGGCGUUAGAGUUCUGACUGCAGAUGGGUGAGGAUGAUGAAUGCAGAAAGCCCACACAAGCAAUUCACAGAAGAUAACCCACCAAAGGUACUGCGAGGUGAAAAGGUGAUGUCGUGCGAUCUCUGCAUGCUGGUGUCAAGCGGAUUAUGCAUGUUUUUUGUGGUGUUGUUGGGGAUAGGGGCUCUGUAGCUGAAUGCCGAUGUCACAUUGUGAUGCUCGUCAAUCAAUAUGGAAAGCGAAC